AAAACCAACUACUUAUUACAAGGUGACUGUUAAAUGUAGUUCUGCUUAACAGAGGUUCAAAUGUAUUGUAAAACUAUGGAAAUAAUGAUAAAAUGGGCUGUCAAAUGGACACAAAUAGUUACUAUUUACAUUUUCCAUUCUUUCUACAGGAAAGUCCCCCUAAGUCUAUCCACGUUAGUUAUGUGAUUGGGGAGUCAGCAAAAUUGAAAUAUAAAUCAAAGGUUCUUGACUUUGACAAUGCAUUGAAGAGGUCACAUUGGGAGAAAAACGCUUCCCUCAUCUCAAGAACAGACAAGAUAUCUUUUGGAAUCAACAAGAAUAAGAGGAAGUUUUGGUUGAAGAUCAAGAAAGUGGAUGUCCAUGAUUCAGGGAUAUAUUCAUUUGUAGUAGAUGGUACUGUUCUUAGGCUAUGGCAGCUGAACAUCCAAGUGGCAGAUUCUUCUCUGAAACACUGUGGAUGGCCGUUUCAUGAAAUAGGUAACAAAGUGUUGUUGUUUACAUUAUUUGCAAUAGCAAGUAUAGUUUAAACAUAUGAUAAUCAAUGAAAAUAUGAUUAUCAUCCACAAAAUAGUAUAUUUAACUGCGGAUAGACCACACCUGCAUAUCGGCUGCACCUCUAACUUUUGAUUAAUUUUGGUGGAAAAGAAUAAUUAGUAAAACGUAAUCAAAACUCAAACCAAAGAUAGGUCAUAAAAUUUAAAAAGCUGGCAUAGAGUAAAAUGAGCAAGAGGUAUAGCACUGACCUUCACUUGGGCUUCCCUCUAUGAUUGGAGUGUUACUAAUUGGGCUAAUGAAGUGAUAAAUAAAUAAAGGAGUAACAAGGAAACAAGUAAUGGAACUAUGCCCUGAAGUGUCUUUCUAGAAUUUCACAAAAUAAGAAUGAAGACAUCUCCAGAUUUA